CCCCGGUGUACCACCCCGCAUUCGAUUUGUGGGCUGAAUCACAGCAAGCGAGGUAGAACUUGCCGAUAACAACACUUCGGAUAAUGACGUCUCGGAAAACAAUACUUCGGAUAACCGCCCAAGCAUCCCGACAGUAGCCUCAUUAAAGUCUAUUACUGCACAUUUGUGAUCCUUCGUUACCGGGGUCAAGCACCAAGACGGAACGGCACGUUUACUUUUAUCAAAGUCUUGGUAACACCGACGGACGCAUGUAAGCCACAACCUGGGCAUCACCGAUGGAAGUGACACGUCUUCAUCAGAGAACGUGCAAGCACAAAGGUUAUUUCAGGACUUCUGUCAGCGUUUGUUUGGGUGUCGUCACACCAUGCAAGUCGUAGUCAUUUUCAGCCAUGCAUGAAAAUGUUUCUCAAUUACAAAUACAGAACAGGCAGUAAGCCAGAGGGAUUUUUUUGUCGACGAGAUGGUAUGCUAGGAUGGCGUACCAUAUACCAUCUGGCCUGUCCAUGCUUGGUGUGCCUGGAAAUUCCCUCACUUGGUACUGGAACCCCAUUUUCAUUUCGUCAUUUUUUUUCCCUUGAUCAUCACCGCUAUUUCCCAAGCUAGUGAAGCAAUCUCAAGACUUUUACUAG